UCGUCCACACUGCAGUCUCUUAGCAGCUGCAGCAUUAGCACAACCACAGAACGCCCAUCAAAACCUCUGAACUUCCAACCAGCUAAAAUUGAAGACAAGGAAAAGACCAAUAUGGAGGCAGCGUCUUACCCGCUGGACCCAGAUCUAAUGAGGGAGGUUCUUGAAUGCCCUAUCUGCCUGGAGACCUACAGCCAGGAUCAAUUGCGACCUAAACUCCUGCAGUGUGGUCACACAGUGUGCCGGCAGUGUCUAGAGAAGCUGUUGGCUAAUACUAUAAAUGGUGUGCGCUGCCCCUUCUGCAGCAGAGUGUCCCGUAUGAGCAGUAUCUCCCAACUGGCCGAUAAUCUCACUGUGCUCAAGAUCCUUGAUUGCACUACAUCCUGCAGUGCUGCUACUGCUGCCUUAAUGUGCAAGUCCUGCUGCAACCGCCUACCACGACAGUACUGCCAUGAUUGUGCCACAUUCCUCUGCGAGCUCUGUAAAGAAGAGGGCCACCUGCAUCAAGGACAUUCAAUCCAGCCCAUCAGGAUGGCCGCUGAACAGCGUCGUAAAGAACUGGGUGGCAGGCUGGCUUCUCUGCGUAAUGUAAUGAGUGAAAUUCAGAAAAAAAAAUCAGCUAUUGACAACAUUUCCAAGUCCUUGAGACUCAAGUACCAGGCAGUGCAGCAGGACUACGUGUCGGCUGAACUACGUCUUCAAGAGGAACUUGGCAGGUCUCGAAGGACAUUCACAGCUUCCAUGGCAGAAGUGGAGAAGCUUAAUGGGCAUGUCUUGGAGGAGCAGACAUACCACCUUAACAUUGCAGAGGUAAAAGUGGUGUCUCGCUGUGAUUACCUGACAAUGCUGGUGAGGCAGAGCGAUAUCGCUUUGCUAAAGGAUGAUGGCGAAGGCAGUAAUGAUGAAGAGAUAGAUUUGAGAAGCGGCUUGCCCACCAUGUUUCAGCUGCAAGAGCCAGAGCUAGUCCGAACAGAGCACACUAAACCUAUAGAAGUGGGCCAAUUAACCACAAAUACUUAUACUGUCAAUACAGAGGAUGAGGAAAGUGGAUUGGAGGUUGCGCUUGAGGGUGAUCUAGAGAGUGUAGCUGGAGCAAUGGGGGCCACAGGUGGUGGAAGAAGGGCUCCAUUGGAUCUUUACAGAGACAUUGACAUGGUUGCCACUGUAGAAGAGGCAGUAUGUGGUUCACCAGGCAGCUUUAAGUCAAAGUCCAUGGAUGCAGGCGGGGGAUCACCUGGGGGGGCUGGGGCAAGUGCAGGGCCCCCAGUCUGCCAGUUUGUGAAGAAAAUGGGCAUGAAGGGAGCGCUUCCUAGCAUGUUCAAUUUACCAGUCAGCAUAUGUGUGACACCACACGGUGAGGUCCUGGUGGCGGACCGGGGAAACUACCGCAUCCAGAUCUUCAACCGCAAAGGUUUCCAGCGUGAAAUCCGCCGCAAUGCCAGUAGCAUCGACAACUUUGUUCUGAGCUUCCUCGGGGCUGAUCUGCCCAACCUCAUACCCUUAUCCAUUGCCGUCACUCCUCAAGGCCUGAUUGGGAUCACAGACAACUAUGAUAACUCAGUUAAAGUCUACACUAUGGAUGGACAAUGCGUGGCCUGCCAUAAGAACCAGCUGAUUAAACCUUGGGGCAUUACUGCCACGCCAUUAGGCCAGUUUGUUGUGUCAGAUGUGGAAGGGGGCAAACUUUGGUGUCUAACAGUGGACCGCAAUGUAGGGGUGGUCAGCUACAACCGGUUGUGCUCUGCUGUGCGGCCAAAGUUUGUGACGUGCGAUGCGGCUGGAACAGUCUAUUUCACCCAGGGCCUAGCCCUAAACUUUGAGAAACGUCACAAUGAGCCCUACCUCGAAGGUGGCUUUUCUAUUGGCUCUGUAGAUAAAGAUGGUCAGCUGGGCAAGCAGCUCAGUCAUUUCUUCUCAGAGAAUGAGGACUUCCGCUGCAUCACUGGCAUGUGUGUGGAUAUCAAUGGGGAUUUGCUGGUAACGGACAGUGGCAGAAAAGAAAUCCUCCAGUUUCCCAAAGAGGGUGGAUUCAAAGUUCUCAUCCAGGAAGGUCUGACCUGCCCUGUAGGAGUGGUCACUACCCAGAAAGGACAACUGCUGGUGCUUGACUGUUGGGACCACUGUGUCAAAGUCUACACAUACCUUCAGAGGAGGCACUCCUCCACUUCCUAGAGGACCAAUUCAGUCUAUCUGGACAUGAACAUGAGAGAUGUAUUAGUUAUGUGUUUGAAAGUGUGUUUGGAAGUUUGAAAAAGGUAGACUCACACCUGUCACUUUAGUUUGGCUGUAGUCCAAACAAGUCUCACUCCAGCUUUGGGUUAUUAAAGGAAAAUUGGUUCAGUUUGAAACCCACUGGAUUUGAUUUUAAUCAAAUUAAAAUAUGCUACUUAAACUGCCUCUUAUCUAAUCAUUUAAAUGACAGACAAAGCAGACUUUGUAAUUUGUGUUACAACAAAGAAUACUUGCAAAAGUUGUCAACAUAAGCCAAGGAUUUUGAGGCCGCUGCAGUUACUGUUUACUGCUUUAUACACCAUUCAGCCGGAAUGUGUGUGAUGCAUGGCUUUCACUAAUCUGGCUCAGACUUGCAAAAAAGAAAUAAGAUAAAUAAGAGCUGACAAUGAUCACAUAUUUGCAUAUAAAAUGAAGCAUACCAAGGCUUUGGGCCUUUGAAGCACUUUAUUAUUGACACAACACUGUUUCCUAGUGUUAGGUUUAGUAGGACAGACUAACAUCGAUGUUGCUGAAUGCAGCAGGCAGCUUAAAUGUUUACUGGGCAGUUAGCUAAUGGCAAACAGUAAGCAAGUAUAAACAUUCAUUGGAUUGCAUUCAGCAACAUUCAGGGAACAUUAAGCUUAGAAUAUGAGGUUACCUACAUGAUAGAGGGUUGGAAAACUAAAUUACAACAUGAUAGGCAAUGCUGUCAUUUUUCUAGCUGCUGUUGGUUAACUAUUCUUUGAGGGUAAUGCAAACAGAAUCAGGGUUACUGGUGUUUAAUUUGUAGGCCACAUUAUUAUCAUUUUCUCCUGGUACUUAAUUAAUACUGCCUUGCUAGCAUAUGUGCUGUGUAUUUUGAAUCAGCACACCAGCUUAAAUACAUUUUUUCAGAGCAAAUAUUACAAAAAAGGUAAUGUAUGAUCUAAAAACAAAAGAUGUUCUCCAUGUGAGUUACAAGCCACUGCCUCUCUUGUGUCACUAGGAGGCAGGCUAAGGUAACCUUCUGCAAGAUAACAUAUGUCAUCUGCUCCGUACUGUAUCCUAUUCUAGUUGUACUUCAGUCAUACAUAUGCAGUUUCAGGCCUCUACUUCACCUGCCGUUUGCCUUUUAUUUAACCUGCACCAUGAAAGUAGCUUUGAUCACUAACACUGUUGCUCCUUUUUGUUAUUCGUACUAGUCAGACAGAAUUGUGUCCAUUGUUAUUAGCGUACCAAAUGUUUAAGAUCAUUCUUGCAACAUGAAAGGCUUUAAAUCACAAAGGUUUGUUCUUCUUCUAUUCUCUUUUUGCAAUGCAAGUAAAGCCGACACCAAAAAAAAAGAGCUCUAGCACCUGGACCACAUAAAGGUACAUCAGGUAUUUUUACAACCUAAAUAAUCUUUAGAAACUUUGUUCAAACUUCUUCCAGAGAACUUUUGCCUUGACACUGUUUCGAUGCCUCGUCUGUGGUUACACAAUCUUUUUGGGGAAAACCCACAGGAGUGUUCAGAAUAUCAUUGCAAAUAUAAUAAUAAUAAUAGGUGAAAACUCACACACCAAACCUGGCUCUAUUACACAGGGAUGUUGGUUGCAUGUUGCUAUGUCACCCUCAGGUUAUUAUUUUAUUUAACACUGGACAACUUGCAACCGGAGACAACAGGCAACAGCCAUAUACUGUGUUCUUGAAUAAGUGGAAGUAAAAUUUAAACUAAUCUUCAGCUUAACUGAAUUACUGGGUCCAUACAAAGCAUUAGAAAGCUGCUUUUGUCAGGUAACAUAUUUAAAAAAAGACACUUUGUAAAUCAUAAUAUUUUGAGGCCUAAAUAUGGGGAAUCAAGUUAAUCAUUGAAACCUGGUCAUGUUUGAAUCUAAUGUGCUUAAAGUCUGCCAAUGCAUAUCUUACUAUCAUAUCACAUACUGACUCAGUUUCAGCCUUAAAAAUGGUUUCACAAAACUGACCUUAACUCUGCACCUGGAGCCCUAUUAAACAGCAACAUACAAAUAUAUAUAUAUGAAACAUAUGACUGUGUUGUACACAAUAAUUGUUUUGUAAUAUCUUAAAUAAGUAAAGUUAAGGAUAAGGAAUAAAUAGUACAAAGUGAA